AUGGCGAUUGCAGGCGCUGCUAAAGGUGACACCGACUCCGACUGGGAGGACACAUGCGCCGAGAUUGCCAAAGAGCUCACGGAUCCCUAUGCACGGGCUAUCCUGGCACUGGUGAGCAAGGGAGACUGGAAGUCCGUCAUCCAAGAGACGACGCUCCCUCUAAAGUAUCGCAUCGAGGUGGCCCUGCGGUGGCUACCCGACGACGAACUCACGCCCUACCUAAACGAAACGACCGAAGAAGCCAUUCGGCAAGGUGACAUCGAAGGUAUCGUUCUCACCGGUCUUGGCCAUUCCGCCAUGGACCUCUUCCAAUCAUACAUCAAUAAGUUCAACGACGUCCAAACCCCCGUCCUCGCCAUGAGCCACAGCGUCCCGCGCUUCAUUAAUAACCACCCGAACCGAGCCCGCUUCGAGACCUGGCGCGAAGCCUACCGCUGGCAAAUCAACUCCUGGAAAUUGCAACUCGAGCGCGCGCGAUUCGAUGUCGGAUCCCGCAAAUUCGCCGUCACCUGGGACGGGCAGAAACUGAUCGAGCCGCCCCGACAACAAGUCAGCCUUACCUGCAACUACUGCACGCGGCCUCUCACCCAGCACGACGCUUCCUCCCAACUCUCCCCCUCGGCCACGGGCGAAGUCGUCCAUCCCACCCCUGGAAACCCCCUCGGCACGGCCGCCAUGUCCGGCAUGAUCUGUCCCCGUUGCGGUCGACACAUGCCUCGCUGCGGCGUCUGCACCCUGUGGCUAGGAUCACCCGAUCCCAUGUCCAAGGCUUCCAUUGCAGCCGAUGCAGGACAGGAGCCGCGCCGACCCACCGAGACAGAGCUGAUGCGUCGGUUCAUUGUGUUCUGCAUAAACUGCAACCAUGGAUUCCAUGCACACCAUGCAAGAGAAUGGUUCGCCAAGCAUAAAGUCUGUCCGGUUGCUGAAUGUAGCUGUAUUUGUGAUCGGUAG